AUGGAUCCCUUCGCUGACGAGAGCUCCCUUCAUUUGGAGCUGCAUCUCCCUGGCUUUUCCGAAAGCCAGGGGUUGGUCUGCAGCGAGGUUCUCGACCACGAUUUAUACCUGAACGCGAAAGACGGGAUGUACGCCGGGCUGAGCGGCUUGGACGUGGCGGAUGUGGCCAGCCGUGCUCUGCAGGCCGAUUUAAACGCGCUCUCUCUCUCCCCGGCGAGGGAUUGCGGCUCUGUUCGGCUCCUCGAUGGGUCUGACUUGUGGCACGAGCCGGGGCUGCCCGCGCCGACGGGACCGGAGGAGGCUGGAGGAGGAGGAGGCGGAGGAAGAGGCAGAUCCUCGGGGGGAGGAAAGCGUCCCCUCGCCUCUCCUCGGACCUCGCCGCCGGCCUGCAGCCGCUGCGGGAAGGUGUUUGGCAGUGCCAGCGCCCUCAGCAAACACUGCCUGACUCACAGCCAGAGACGGGAACACGUCUGUACCAUCUGCGGCAAGGCCUUUAAACGCCCGGACCACCUGAGCGGGCACAUGUUGACGCAUCAGAAAAUAAAACCUUUUGCGUGCCCGGAGCGAGACUGCGGUAAGAGUUAUUGCGAUCACCGCUCGUUGCGCCGGCAUUACGAACUGCAGCACGGCUUGUGCGGCUUGAAGGAGGCUCCUAAGGAAGGUGCCGGGGAGGAAUCCGCGCUUCUUCCUGCUCCGUAUAGCCAAGGCAACGGGAAAUCGGUGGACGGACUGACUGUGCGCUCAGGACCAGGCUGUUUCCCACCCAAAAGAGACCCGCUGAGGUGCGUCGCGAGCAGCUUUGCAAAUCGGAACCUUCCCUCGGCCGCGGAGCGCGCGGGUGCUGCCUCGACAGAUUCCUCCCCGGCGAGCCGGUCCUCUUGCCUCGUGUCUGACAGCAGCGGGCUUCCAGGAGACGAUAGGGCGAAGGAUUGCCUCUCGCGCCAAGAGAGCGCUGCUUCUCCCAACCUCUGUGCCGUAAUAAAUCCCGGCAACGUGUCUCUGAUCGCGCCGGGCGAGUACGCAGUCACUGAUCCGACCAGUAGGUCUUUUAUUUCGGAAGCCCGGCUCCCCUCGGAGCCCGCGGGGCUGCAGUGUCAUCCCAACAGCACCCUGCCUUGUUUUUCCACGUUCAGAGAGCAGAAGGCAUCUACAGACCAGCCCGGCGGUAGCUUUCAGUGGAUAAGAAACGCACAGGUUUGUGCUAAACCCCAAAGGAACGGCGUCUGCCUCGCUCCCGAGCCGCCUGUCGCAGCGCGGGGCGUUCCGGAGGGAUUAGCUGCACCUUCCCUCACGUUCUCAGCCGCGUAUGAGCGUCCGGACGCUUUUUCUUUCCCCGUUGCGCCUUUCAAAGCCAAAGGUGACGCGCUGAGCGAGCUGACCCUCGGUUGUUUUGAGGAAACCUUUCAGUCGGUGAAAUCCCACGACUCCCGCUCAUGGGAGAACGCCGGGGAGUCGAGUUUUCCGGAGGUCCAGAAGCGCGGAGCGCUGCAGAGCGAGACCAGGCAGCUUUUCCCAAACCCCCAGGAACCCUCCGCGUGCCCGCUGCCGCAGCACCUCUUCCAGGUCGUCGCCAGAUCUCUCUCCCACGCCCAGGCGCCGGCUCCGUCCCCGUCGGUGGCUCCCGAGGCCAAGCACCUGCCAGCAAACCCUUUCCCGGCGGGAUUUCAGCAGCCGCCCCCCUUGGCUCCCUGGUUUCUGGAGUACGAAGGGCCUUCCGCGUACCUCCAAAAGACC